CGGGCUUGCUCUUUCCUAACUUCGGUACAUACACCCCAUCCCUUUUCCCCCAUGGGACAUGAAGUGAAGUCAAGUCUUUUCGUCCCUCAGUCGUUUCUCUUUAUUCUCCUUCAUUCAGCAUCAGCAUCACCGGGACAAACCUUCCUCAACAUGAGUGAUUCGAGUUGCCAGCUCUUUCCACCUGUGACUUCUGCGUACUCAGUCUCCUCCACCACAGACAGUACCAUCCAGGAUAUGGUGUGGCUGACUGUCAUACGACAGAGUACCUAAGAACGAUGGCGUCUACAAUCAACUUUGUGCUCCACUGUGGCUCGAGAUACAUUGAAGCAUGAGAAAAUACCCGUAUCUCGACAUUUACUAGAGUCUGCUUUGUCGUUCCCCCUAGUGCUUUCAGACUGCAGUCAUGAGUGAAGGAAUAUAGCCAAGUAUAGUAGGUGGGCAAUUGUAUUCACAAGGGCAGAAUCAUGAUACUCACGCGUUUUUUUCUUUUGUAAAAAAGUUGUUUCCCAUCUAUUAACUAAAUUCGUAUAAUGACUACUAGUAUAUAUGUA